AUGGCCCAAAACAGCUAUAACGAGGCCCAAAGUCCAGAAACGUCCGAGCCCACCGAAUCCCGCCCCGUCGGCGGAACUGAGUUUAGCUGGUGCAAGGCUGUUCCCAUCGGCACCGGCGUCACCGUGCUCAGCCUCCUCCUCUCGAAAACACCCGAAAUCACUAUUCUCAAAAAUGCCCUCCACAAUCUCCAGAAUUCCCAUCCUAUCCUCCGCUCCAAGCUCCACCUCGACCCCUCCACCAACACCUUCCACUUCCUCAUCCCUGCCUCACCCAACGUCCAACUCCAACACUUCGAUCUCGCUUCAACGGCUAGCAUCGUCCAGGCCAACUCCAAUGGUCACGAUGAUCCCUUUCACACACUCCUCGAGGACCAGAUGAACCACGACACUUGGCGCGAUUAUGAGCCAGGCGACCUCGACGUGCUCUACGCCUCCAUCUUUACCCUCUCCCACGACCGUUUCGCCGUGUUCCUCCGCCUCCACACCGCCGCGUGCGACCGUGCCGCAGCGGUGGCGCUGCUCAUGGAGCUCCUGCGCCUCUUCUCCGGCGACGGAACCGGCAAUACUGGGGAGAAGAAGGUGAGUUCUGCAAUCGAGGAUCUGAUACCCGAGGGGAAGAUGCACAAGCCUUUCUGGGCGCGUGGAUUGGACGUGCUUGGGUACUCGCUCAACGCUUUCAGGUUUUCGAAUUUGAACUUCGUGGACGCCGCUUCGCUUCGAAGAUCGAGGAUAGUGAGGUUGCACCUGAAUGUAGAAGAAACCAAGAACCUUCUAGCUGGAUGCAAAUCCAGAGGAAUUAAACUUUGUGGGGCACUUGCAGCAGCCGGAAUGAUGGCAUCCUGGACCUCUAAAGGCCUUCCUAAUUAUCAAAGAGAAAAGUAUGCUGUUGUAACACUUGUUGAUUGCCGCUCACUUCUUGAUCCCAUCCUUCCCAGCAACCAUGCUGGAUUUUACCAUUCCGCCAUCCUGAACACACAUGACGUGUGUGAAGAAACCUUAUGGGAGUUGGCAAAGAGAAGCUAUACCUCCUUUGUAAAUGCUAUGAACUGCAACAAGCAUUUUUCAGACAUGUCUGACCUGAACUACCUCAUGUGCAAGGCUAUUGACAACCCGGGUUUGACACCUUCAUCGUCACUUAGAACUGCCUUGAUCUCUGUGUUCGAAGAUCCUGUCUUUGUUGACUCGGGUGAAAUAGCUGGGGAGAUUGGUUUGGAAGACUUUGUGGGCUGUGCUUCUGCUCACGGUGUUGGCCCAUCCUUAGCCUUAUUUGAUACCAUACGGAAUGGAAAGUUGGAUUGUGCUUGUAUAUAUCCAUGGCCCCUGCAUUCAAGAGAGCAGAUUGAGGGACUAGUCGAUCAUAUGAAGAGAAUACUUGUGGAAGGUUGUAGCAGUGAAAAUCAACAAACUGAACCAUAAGCCAAUUCUGAGGCUGAGCAAGGGACUAGUCGAUCAUAUGAAGAGAAUAUUUGUGGAAGGUUGAAGCAGUGAAAAUCAACAAACUCAAACUUCGAUUCCACUUCCAUUUCAGUUUCUUUGAUUCUCCUUUAAGGAGGCCGGGUUUUUAAAAUGAAGGGAGAAAUAUAUAUUACAAUUCUCAGUGAAGGAUUAAAGACAUAUGCAAGCGUUGCCAUUGCAUUGUUAAAUAGCAUUUGAAAUCCAAGAUUUCUUUGGUUUUAAAGGUUAUUGAUUUAUUUCAUUCUCAAUUCGACAAUCUUAAGACCGAAAUAAGUUAGAAUGAUAAAGUUCCUUGGUGUAGAAGGUGUUUCCAUGGAGGAAGUAGCCAUGAGUUGGAGAGGAGAAGUACUCUGGUUUCCAAUAGCUUUUAAGAGAAACCAAGUUUUUACAAACCAUGGUUUCUUUUAGAGGAAAUUUAAGGGAGAAUUUUCUCCUUUCGAAGCAGAAAUGUGUUUUCUGGAAAGGCUAUUUUGGAAGUGUCAAAUUGUUCAUUUCAAAAUUAAAUUUGAUAUUUCUGAAAUGUUCUUAUUCAAAGAUACAUUUUUGCUACCGGA